UUGCCGCUUUUAUCAAGAGAUUGUGCGCUUAGUGGGAUUCCCUCGCCCAAAAUGGCGUUGUGGUCCAACCUUAUCUCGAUGCAGAUUCCCGAGAACGUCAAUGAGCCUCCUCCAACCAUGGUAUUGUGCUCCAAAGAAACAUUGAAAGAUUUAGAGAGACUGAAAAACGACAAGGAUAAGCAGACGAAGAGUGGCACAACAAAGCCAGACGAUGUCGACAAUGAAGACAAUCCCGAAUGUGACGAGGUUGUUAGAUUAGAAGAUGACACUGACAAAGAAGUUGACUGUCUUAUAAGAGACUUGCUUUCUGAAUGUGAUAAACAACUCGAAAAUGUCGAAGUUACAACUGAAGGCGUUCUUACCAAGGAAGAUCUGAAGACGGAUAAAGAAAAACUACAAAAAGACAAAGAAUCUAUUGAAAAAUCUAUUUCAGAAAUAAAAGGAAUUACAAUAGCUAUUCAGGCUAAAUGUGACCAACUGAUUGAAAAGGUCAGUCAAUCCAUCCAUAAAUUGAUGAACACUUUAGAAGACAAGAAAGCAGUGAUGUUAGAAGAGAUAACAUCAAGUUUUAAAAUCCAGUUGGAUAAGUUGUGCCUUCAUAAAGCUAAACUUGAGGAGGGAUUGGAAACUGCAGAAGAUUUAGAAAAGAAAGUUGAAAAAGCUGUGGAUUUACCAGAGUCUGAAUUUUUAGAUGAAUGUGUGGAUGUUAAAAAUAGUUUAAUUAUUGCAGCUGAUAUGAUGGAGGCCAUAAACACUGAUCACCAUGCUAUUAAAAAUACUAGCAUACCACUAGAAUUUAACAAGGUUCUUUAUGUGACCAGAAAAUACAAACUUAGAAAAAUGGAUUUGCUCAAGAGGAGUGAAAAGACAAUGAUUGAUGUCAUUAAAGAAGAAAUGAAAAAAAAAGCUUCUGAAAAGAAAGAUGAGACAAAUGUGGAAUUAGAAUGUGACACACGAAAGACACUGGAGAAUCUAUUAUCAUUCUGCCAAACGCCAGGUACACAAACUAAAUCGGUAUCAUCAAGUGUUGUAACAGGAACACAGGGUACAAGUAAUCUAAUCUCAAGUACACCAGUAGCAAAGCUGGUGAGAACUUUAGCAUCCACACCCCAGGUUGCUACUACUACUACUACUCAAGUUGCACCAUAUUCACUAGGAAUAUUGAAUGGGGCUAUGCUUGGAUCUGGAGUAUCAGGACAGUCAUUGUUGCUAUCUAGACAAUAUCAGCGACCUGGAAUGCAAACAUUACAAGGAACAUCGGGUACAUCAAUACAAUAUGUUACUCAGCCUGUCAUCCAAAAUUUGCAAGUUGUCAGACAAAAUACUGGAACACAACAAAUGCAGAUAAUGAAUGCAGCCUCAGUUGCUGUGCCGACUGGAAUCACACAAUCUCGACUGCAGACUGGCGUGUACAAUACUGUUCCAAAUUACCAGGCUUUUCAACAACCUACACAAUUGAUGGGAUCUAAUCGUCAGUUUGUUUAUAUGCCAAUGACCACUGCCCAGGCACCAAGGAAUUUUUCAAAUACUGCUACUGUUAACACUGUAAGACAGCAAUUAGCUGUGAGACCUGUCGGUACUGCUAUCAGAUCAACAUUCAGACCGCAGAAUGCUGUAAAUAAAAUUACCAAUUACACCCAACCACCUGCUGUGAAAUCAGUAAUUGGGUUAAAUCAACUAAAGAGAAAACUGGAAGGGCCAAAUGUUGCCUGGGGUCCAAAAUCUAAAAGGAAGAUGCCUGCCUGUAGAAUUCAUCUGAUGAAGUAUUAUAGCAACCAAGAUUAUGCAUGCCGGGAUAGAUGUAAUGAAACUCAAAUGACUAUUAACAGAUAUAUGAGGAAGAAAAUGAGAAUUCUUGAUAUUUGCCUUGAUGAUUGCACUGCUCAUCCGCUUCUGGAAGUGUUGAAUCCAAAACAAGUCAAGUUAAAAUUCAACAAGAAAAUGAAGUCUUGUAGCUGUACCCCUCAACCUGUCCUGGCAUUUAAGGAUGUAUCAUUCAGCAUACUUGGUAGUAGACCUCUGCCAAUAGGACGAUGUUAUUGGGAAGUGAUGGUGCCAAUAUGUGGUUUCAGCGUUGGUAUUGCAACUGGAUCUGUACCUCGUAAUAGAGCAUUAGGUUACAAUGUUGCAUCAUGGUGUGUCAAGUAUGAACCAACUGUAGGCAUGUGUUUUGUACAUAAUAGUCAUCAGAAUCCAGUGACUUUGUACAACACAUCUAUUAGAACAAUAGGAGUCUUACUCGACAGGGAAACUGGUGUCUUAGAAUUCCUGAAUGCUGAAGACAAAACUACUUUAGUGAAAGUCCAUACAAAGUUUGCUGCAGCACUGUAUCCUGCUUUUAGUCUCUCUGGUCAUGGAUGUUUAACUGUUACAGCAGGAUUUCCAUAUCCAACUGAUAUACAAGGCAGGAGAAAGCAGCUGUUUUAUCCUGUUCAGAGCCCAGCAGCAACUGCCUCAACCUCCCAAGGCGUUAAAUAAUUUAUUGGUUCAAUCUUGUUCUCACCAUGUCUAACCAUUGACUGGCUUUGUUGGGCAGACAAUCACAUUGGCAAUGCAUCAUACAUCUUGGGAUGUAUAUGUCCAUUC